AUGAAGAACAACACAGAAAUGAGUGAUUUCAUUCUCCUCGGACUAACCAAAGCACCUGGGCUUCAAGUUCUUCUCUUCAUGAUGUUCAUAUUUAUCUAUGCCUUUACUUUGGUGGGGAAUCUUGGAAUGAUCCUUCUGAUAUUGCUGGAUGCUCAUCUACACACCCCUAUGUACUUCUUCCUUAGUAAUCUGUCCUUGGUAGACUUUGGUGCUUCCUCAACAGUCACUCCAAAGGUCAUGGCUGGACUCCUUACAGGAAGAAAUGGCAUUUCCUACAAUGGUUGUGCUGUUCAGAUGUUCUUCUUCGUAUUUUUUGCCACUGUGGAUAGCUACCUCUUAGCCUCAAUGGCAUAUGAUCGUUAUGCAGCAGUGUGUAAACCCUUACAUUAUACCACCACCAUGACAAAAGGUGUCUGUACAUAUCUGGCUGUUAUUUCCUAUACUUUGGGCAUUUUGAAUGCUUCCAUGCAAACAGGAGAUACCUUUAGCCUCCCUUUCUGUGUAUACAAUGUGAUUAAUCACUUCUUCUGUGAUAUUCCAGCAGUGAGGAUUCUGGCUUGCUCUGAUAAACACAUUAAUGAGAUGAUUCUUAUUCUUGUAUCUAGCUUUCACAUCAUAUUUGCUUUUCUUGUUAUCUUGAUUUCCUAUUUACUCAUAUUUUUGAACAUUUUGAAGAUGCAUUCAAGUGAGGGAUACCAGAAGGCUUUUUCCACAUGUGCUUCUCACCUCACUGCAGUUUUCACAUUUUAUGGAACUGUCACCAUAAUCUACUUAAAGCCAAGUGCCAGUCAUUCCAUGGACACAGAUAAAUUUGUGUCUGUGUUUUAUACUAUGGUAAUCCCCAUGCUGAAUCCUAUGGUGUACAGCCUGAGGAACAAAGAAGUUAAGAAUGCAUUAAAGAAGGUUUUUCAAAAGGCAAAGCUAUGUGUAUAUGCAGUACCUUAA